GGGGGGGGGGGAGGCAGGAAAAAAUGCACCGAAGUAAGCCAAGGCUCCCUUCCUUUCAAGGAUCCCUUGGAGGAAACGCUUCAGGAGGUCUCCACUGCCGGCCCAGCUUCGCCCCAGGAUGCCGCUGCUGGUGCCUUACCUCGUGCUUGCUUGGUUCUCCACCUGCUUGGCAGAUGUCCAUCAGCUGGAGGCAGACAAAAUAAUGAAUGCCACACCUGUGGUGGACGGUCACAACGAUCUGCCCUGGCAGCUGCUGACAAAAUUCAACAACCAGCUGUCUUUGAAGGAAGCCAAUUUGCACAAGCUUCAAGACACUCAUACCAAUAUCCAGAAGCUGCGUCUCGGACAUGUAGGAGCCCAGUUCUGGGCAGCCUAUGUGCCCUGCGACACCCAAAACAAAGACGCAGUGAGGCGAACUCUGGAGCAGAUCGAUGUUGUCCAUCGGAUGUGCCACCGAUAUCCAGAUGUCUUUAAGUGUGUUACUGACAGUGCAGGUAUCCAGAAGGCUUUUGACACUCACCACGUGGCCAGCCUAAUCGGUGUGGAGGGCGGCCAUUCCAUUGACAGCAGCUUGGCUGUCCUGCGCACCUUCUACCUGCUGGGCGUGCGCUACAUGACUCUCACCCACAGUUGCAACACUCCCUGGGCUGACAACUGGCUGGUAGAUACAGCUGAAGAGAAGCCUGUUCACAAUGGCUUGGCGGAAUUUGGGGAGCGUGUGGUCCUGGAGAUGAACCGGUUGGGCAUGAUGGUGGAUUUGUCCCAUGUCUCUGUGGAGACGAUGAAGGCUGCCCUCAAGGUCUCCAGGGCCCCCGUGAUAUUCAGCCACUCCUCGGCCUAUGCCGUUUGCCCAAGCAGGCGGAAUGUACCAGACGAGGUGCUCCGCCAAGUGAAUGAGACACGCAGCCUUGUCAUGGUCAACUUCUACAAUGAUUACAUCUCCUGCAGCAGCCAUGCCACUCUGGCCCAGGUAGCAGAUCACAUGGACUACAUAAAGCGCGUUGCUGGAGCAAAGGCUGUUGGCAUUGGAGGAGACUAUGACGGGGUGCCCAGAGUCCCUCAAGGCUUAGAGGAUGUCUCCAAAUACCCAGACUUAAUUGCUGAACUGCUGAGGAGGAAAUGGACAGAAGAGGAAGUGAAGGAUGCCCUGGCCAACAAUCUGUUGCGGGUCCUACGGGAAGUAGAGCAGGUGCGGAACAGGAUGAGUUCCAAUGGAGUUGCUCCCGACGACACACCCAUUGCCUUCCAGGACCUGGGAAGAGGAUGUCGAACACACUAUGGGUACUCCAACCAAGGGCACCACCCGAGAGCUUUGCCUGCUGUGCUCCUAGCGCUAUUAUUGCUCUCCACGUUGAUGCAAUAGAAGCCCCGGGAUCUCCUUCCUCGUAGACUAUGAGGAUCCUGCGAGGUUAGGAAAGAAGCAGCACUUCUACGUCCAAUUCCUAUCACUUCAAAUUCUGUCCAAAUCUUGGACUAUUCUCUUAUUACCUCCAUUAACUUAUAUGGCAGUUAUCACAAUACCAUUUGUGCGUCUGUCACGGCUCCUCUUUCCCUAAUGGGAGGAGCAAGCCAAAUUCUGCUUUGAACUUUCCAAAGUAUUUGCUAGUCGCCUUCUUUGCUCUGCAUAAUGCCAGACCUGCAGGGUGGGGAGUACAGGGAGCGACACCUUAGGUCCUUCUGGGCUCUUUUUCCCCACCUUGUGAAGGACAGAGAUUGUAACGGAAGGGAUGACAAGAGAGUAAGCAGGUAUACAAUGGGGAAUGCAAAUCAAAAGCAAUGCCCUGAAUGUAUUCCCCAUCGCCUGUUUACUUCCUUGUAAUUCUCCCCUCCAGUGAAUGUAAAUACCAGCAUUAUUUCCUCUCUCGUGAAUCACGCAGCUGGGGUGGAGUGCUUAGGGGGUGAACAAAGCGAAGGAGUGAAACCGAUUAGUCUUGUAUUGGUUUUGAACAGACUGUGCCAGCGCUGGGGGCAGGUGGGUGGUGUGUGUGUGAGCAUUCAAAGGGCGGGGAGUGGCAAAAAAAGGGUGCAGUUGGGUUCUCAUCAUUUCCUGCUUAGCAAUUGCUUUCCUUAAUUAUAACGAGUUGCUGAUCCCAACUGUGGUCGCUAAAUGAGGACUACCUGCAUCACAUUGUAACAAUAAUGAGAAACAAGGGGUUGGCCUAGAACCAAGGGAGACGGUGAGUUCUAGUCCCACUGUUGGCUAACUGGGUGACUUUGGGCCCGUCCCUCUCAGCCUAACCCGCCACACAUAAUUAUCCU